GACUGGGGCCGCGGCCCCGCACGGCCGCCGCCGCCGCCGCCGCCGCCGCCGCCGCCGCGAUGGCCCAGCAGCAGAUGACCAGCUCGCAAAAAGCCUUGAUGCUUGAGCUGAAAUCCCUGCAGGAGGAACCAGUGGAGGGCUUCCGGAUCACCCUGGUGGAUGAGUCCGACCUCUACAACUGGGAGGUGGCCAUCUUCGGACCCCCUAACACCCUCUACGAAGGCGGCUACUUCAAGGCACAUAUUAAAUUUCCUAUUGACUACCCAUAUUCACCACCUACCUUCAGAUUCUUGACCAAAAUGUGGCACCCCAACAUUUAUGAGAAUGGAGAUGUAUGCAUUUCAAUUCUUCAUCCGCCUGUAGAUGACCCACAGAGUGGAGAACUGCCCUCUGAAAGGUGGAAUCCUACUCAGAAUGUGAGGACUAUCCUGUUAAGUGUAAUCUCACUGCUUAAUGAGCCCAACACCUUUUCUCCAGCCAACGUGGACGCCUCAGUCAUGUUCAGGAAAUGGAGAGACAGUAAAGGAAAAGACAAGGAGUACGCUGAGAUCAUUAGGAAACAGGUCUCGGCCACUAAGGCUGAAGCAGAAAAGGAUGGAGUGAAGGUCCCCACAACCCUGGCAGAGUACUGCAUCAAAACUAAAGUGCCUUCCAAUGACAACAGCUCAGAUUUGCUCUAUGACGACUUGUAUGACGACGACAUUGAUGAUGAAGACGAGGAGGAAGAAGAUGCCGACUGUUAUGAUGAUGAUGAUUCUGGGAAUGAGGAGUCGUGACAUGUUCCUUCAGUGCCCCUGUACUGCCCUGACGUCUCAGGCCAAAGGGAGGGGAGCAAGUGGGGAUCUAUGGUGGCCCCUCAGCAAAAACUUACUCAUGGGGUGGGGAAACACACAGCUCCUGCUGACUCCCCUGCGGAUCUCAGUUUGCUCCUUUUUAUGGACCUUACUGGAGAGGAAGUACCCUCCACGGAAUGUCUGAAUUCUUGCGUUCUUGACGCUCUCAUCACUGUAUUGAUUCUUUUUUAAAAAACAAAAACAGCCACCACCCUUCAAACUCCCACCUCACUUCAUCUCUGCAGAAUGUUCACAGCAAAACACGUUCGUCUGUUUUUAGAUUCUCGAAGAUUAGUCUGUUUAAGACAUUAAUGUGUUUAAAGCUGGGAACCCACUGGGAGUCCACAAGUGCUGCAUAUAUUGGGUAGCAAAAGAAAAUGGGGGAAAAAAAACACAAAACCAAAAAAAACAAAAAACAAACAAAAAAAAAACCAAAAAAACCCACAAAACAAACUUUAAAAAAAAAAAAAAAAGCCAAUUUGCCAAGGUUUAGCUGCUCCUUUCCAUUAGUGCGUGUGCAUUUGUUCAGCCCCGUGGUGGUGAAUUUUGUUUCUUUCCCUUCCUAAGGCUGGGAUGCGGUGGGCAUCAGGGACUUACUCUUGCUAAGCCUGAUGAAAUGUGCUGCUUCUGCCUCUGUGACAUCGUCCCAACAUGGAGGCUACAGCUACUCUGAGGAGAGAAAUCAGAUUUUGUUUUUUGGAAUCGAUUGGGAUCUAAAGCCUGAAAUAAAUAUUCAUACUUUACAUAGAACUGA